UGAAGUUGCAGAGUUUAUUAUAUUUUAAUAAAUCAACGAUAACUUUACUAUGUUAUGAAUCUGAAAAUUGGCCAUGAGUUGAUGACUUUAUCAUAGGGUUGCUGUCAGAAACCCUAGUGUCAAACAAACUUUGAUGAGAUUGCAAAGGGUGAACGUGCCUAAGACGAAGAAGACAUACUGCAAGAGCAAGGAGUGCAGGAAGCACACUUUGCACAAAGUUACACAGUAUAAGAAGGGUAAGGAUAGUUUGGCUGCUCAAGGGAAGCGUCGUUACGAUCGCAAACAAUCAGGUUAUGGUGGUCAGACCAAACCAGUGUUUCACAAGAAGGCAAAGACCACCAAGAAGAUUGUGCUAAGGCUUCAAUGCCAGGGUUGCAAGCAUGUCUCACAGCAUCCAAUCAAGAGGUGCAAGCACUUUGAGAUAGGUGGAGACAAGAAGGGGAAGGGAACAUCUCUGUUCUAAAUGUGAAUGUAUGUCUAAUGUUAUGUUAUGGGUUUUACUUUGGAAUUUUGUUAAGCUUGCUUUUAGUUCUCUAAUGUUGUUUCCAGACGAUAUUGUGUUCUUUUAAGGUUACUUAAUGACAUUGGGUGCACUCUCUGUUUUCAGUUGUUUCUCUAGUUCUGAUGUUGAAAUUGAUUGUCUUGUCUAUUG